AUCAUUCCCUGUCGAUCAGAUCCUCAGAAACUCGAUUAGAUCCUCACAAGCUCGAUCAGAUCUCUUCUGUCGAUCAGAUCCCAUCUCUCGCUUAGCACUCCUCCUCCUCAGCCACUCUCCGACGAGGAAGACCAUCGGAGAACCAUCCACCAGCGACCACAGCUUCCACCAUCGAGCACAUCCUCCACCAGCGACCACAACCUCCACCAGAGACCAAAGCCUCCACCAGCGUGCACAGCCUCCACCACCAACUAAGUAG